AUUCUCAUGCAUAAGUGGGAGCGGGGAGAGUAGGAGGGUCUAGAGGAGGAGGCAGAACAGUCAGGAGAAAAGCACAGCCUGGGCCACUGCAGCAAGGCAUAACUUAGCACAGUGUGGCACAGCAUGUUCUGCAUGGUCACAUCCCUACCCUUACAGGUGGUUGGGCAGUGCUAGUCCCCAGAAAGGUGGCAGACACUUUCCACUCUACAUGAUGUUCCCCUGUCACCCUGGCUUCUGUUUCUAUUUCCUUCUCUUCUGCCUGAGGAGCUCUCUUGGAGAGAACCAGGACUUCUCAGAGCCACAGGUUCCCCACGUGCAACAGUAUGAAGUGGUUGAACCUCUCCAGUUGCCCAUUUUAGGGAUUCUGAGAGAACUCUCUUCAGAUACAGCUGUGUAUCCUGAGACUGUCCGCUACCACCUAGGCCUGAGAGACAGUAACUUCACCCUCCACCUUUUUAGAAACAGGUACCUGGUGGGGUCAGACUACACAGAAACCUACACUUUGGCUAAUGGCACAGAGGUGACUGAGCAGCCAAAGGAAGAAAAGCACUGCUUCUACCAGGGCCAUGUGGAGGGGCACCAGGAUUCCUCUGCCAGCAUCAGCAUCUGUGAUGGCAUCCGGGGCUUCUUCCAGAUUGGGCCUAUCAUCCAUCUGAUUGAACCACUAGUCCAGGGUAGAUAUGGCAGCAUCCAGGAAAGAAGUGGCAAUGCCCAGGGAAAACAUGUAGUCUAUAGAGAAAAUUAUUUUAAGAAGAAAUGGAGCCUCUGUGGUAUCUCCAGGGCUUCCCUACAAGGAGAACUAGAGACAAAGAUGGCUACAAUCAACAUGCCCCGGAGCUGGGUACCCGGAUCCAUUCCAAAAGAAACUCACUAUGUGGAGCUCUAUGUAGUUGUAGAGUACACAGAGUUCAAGAAAUAUGGAAACCUAUGGAAUAUACGUACUAGGGUGAAGGAGGUCGUGAAUCAAAUAGAUAGGCUUUAUCAGCUGCUCAAUUUCCGUGUGGUCCUAAUUGGCCUGGAAAUAUGGGACAAAGGUAACAAGGCUGCAAUCACCAAUGACAUACAGUCUUCCCUGAACAGCUUCCUGAAAUGGAGGGAAAAUAAUCUUAUCAAGAAGAAGAAGCAUGAUAAUGCCCAGCUGAUCACAGCACUGGAUUUUGGAGAAGAUGUUGUGGGACUAGCCAGAUUGGGUUCCAUGUGCACAUUAGGUUCUGGGGGUGUGAACCAGGACCAUGAGUCACAUCCAUUUGGACUAGCAACCUCUAUAGCUCAUGAAAUGGGACACAACCUUGGCAUGGACCAUGAUGAAAAUGUUAAGGGCUGCCGGUGUGAGGUCAGCAAGAUGCAAGGCGGGUGUGUCAUGCAAUCCAUGGGUGUCAGUAAUGCCUACCCCAAGCAGUUCAGCAGCUGUAGCAAGGACAACCUGCAGAAGUUUCUUAGCGGGGCUAUAUUCCAGGCCAACUGCCUGACCAACUUCCCAGACCUGGAGCAGAUUGAGGGAGGGCCUGUGUGUGGGAACAAGUUUGUGGAACGAGGGGAGGAGUGUGAUUGUGGCCCUCCAGAGGAGUGUGUGAAUCAGUGCUGUAACCCUGUGAACUGUAGGCGGGCCCCAGGAGCUGACUGUGUCGAAGGGGAAUGCUGCCAGGCAUGUCAUCUCACAGCAGCGGGAGAACUCUGUCGGGGAGCUCAGGAUGUCUGUGACCUGGCUGAGUACUGCAAUGGCCGACAGGCCAAGUGUCCAGAAAAUGUAUACAAAGAGAACGGAACACCAUGCUGGGAAGGCUACUGUUACAAUGGGGCCUGCCCCACUUACAAGCAGCAGUGCGAGGCACUCUGGGGCACAGGAUCACGCGUGUCCGAUGACAGAUGCUUCUGGCUUGGGCUUUCCAGAGGAUGCACACUAGCUGAUUAUCCUGCCAAAGGGGGCUUCAACAAGUGUGGGGACCUGCACUGCUCCAGGGCAAACACAAGUACCCCGUCUAGGGCUCUGUGCACCUUCAUUUUGGGAGGUGAAAGGUGUGAUCUUGCUGUAACAGAAAUUGAAAGCCAUAAUCCUUUUGAGAUUGUGGCCACUGGCACGAAGUGUGGUGAGCAGAUGGUGUGCUACCACAAACGUUGUCAGGGCCUCGGCAUCUAUGGCUCUGAGGACUGUUCCAGUCAGUGCCAUAAUCAUGGGGUCUGUAAUCACAAGAGAGAAUGCCACUGUGAACCAGGCUGGGCUCCACCAUACUGUCAAUCACAGCUCUCUCACUUCAAUUCAGAAAUAUGAAUCCCUGGGUGAUUAACGUGGGGGAGGGUUUUGGAAUAUUGUAAAAGAUUAACAAAUAAUUGGUUACAACAAGUGGAGUAGGUGUUUUUCACUGUUCUGUCUAGGGACAGAGAGGUUUCCCUCAUAAGAAAGAAAUUUCCUCAUAGACCCUAAGGGUGGCAAUGGAUAGUCUUCCCCCAUGCUUAGUAAUAAUGUGAAGCUAUCUAGAAGCACAACAAAAUAAGACAAUCUCAGAGCCCUGAUUGUCUACGUAGGACUUUUUUUUUCCAUCAUUGAUGUCAUUGGGGCAUAUGCCCAAUGGUAUGAUACUGGUUAAAAGGAUCUGGAUACUUUAAGUGACUUUUCUUAUAUAGUAACAAAUUGUUUUCCAGAAAUUUACAACUCUACUAAGAGGGAAUAAGCGUGCCUAUCUUCCCACAACCUCUCCAAAAUUAACUAUUUCUAUUUUUCAUCAUUUUUGCCAAUUUAAUGGGCAUUGGUUGAAACCUCAAAUUAUAUUUAUGUCCAUUUCUCUUAUUAUUAUUUAGAAUGUUUUUUUCAUAUGGUUGUUGAUCAUUUGUCCUUCUUUGGCAAAACCAUAUCCAUUUUAUUUUUUUUUAAUUUAAAUACUAUUUUAGUGUUUUCACAAAUAUACAAAAACUUUAUUUAACCUCCAUUUUAUCAUAGGAAACAGACCCAGAGAAGUUAAAUGACUUUGCCACAGUCUCUUAGUGAGGGGAGUUGAGACAGUUCAAAGCUUUCUCUAUCUCUCUACAAAAGCUAAAAAAAAAAAAAUCAAAAUUCUCCCUUAAGAACCAAUAGGGCAGGAAAGAGACAUCAGGCAAGGGUCCAAAAAGGAGUCCAGAGGGAUUGCUAGGAGUAGAGAAUGUCAUCGAUAGCAUGGUCCCAUCCAUGGACAAUUCGGAGUUGUAACAGUAUUGGGGGGGGAUGUCAUAGUGCUCAGUCCUUGCUAGCCUAGGGCCACAAUAUUUCUGGAAAAUGUCCAUUUCACUUACUCCACAGGAGCCAGGAACAAGAGGGGAAGGAAAGAAAGGAAAGAAGGGAGAAAGAGAGGAGGCAUCGGUCCCUGGGGCAGAUUCACUGUUGACAUUUCAAGUGCAGGGAAGGUAGUGAGACUGGGAGAAGUUUUAGGAAUACAAGUGGCAUGGGUAUGGCUGGUAGACUAUCUGCCUCUUUAAACCAGUGAAAGUCCAUGGCACUUGAACCAGGUCCAGGAGUAGGGCUUCUUUCCGGUGCGGGUCCUAUAGUGGGCUUUGAGGUUGGAAUUCCUGCUGUAUGACUUCCUCCAGUUGGGACCUCUCUCAAGUCUGUCUGUGGUCCAGCAAUUACACCUCUGGCCCUUGUCCAACACAGUCAAACCACUCUGGGCCAUGCUCUCACUUAAGCCCACCAGAAUAUGUCCUAGUAUUGGCAGUCCCUGUGAAAACAGUACCUCCAAGCUUCUAAGAAUUGUACCCCAGCAUAUUGAAUUGUCUCUAAGAAAAGGUAUCCAGGACAUGUGUCCAGGUGAUCAAGUGAAAAUUAAUUAAAUAGAAGUCAUUA